AUGUCGACUGACACCAGACCUCGCGCCCGCAUCUCCGACCGCAUCGCCUGCGAGAUCUACCUCUUCCGCCUCUCCCAGCCCUCUGAUCAGCUCUGGUUCCCUACUCCCGCCAGCGUCGCUCUCGGCAGGAGGUACGGCAUCACGCCCAAGGCCGUGCGAGACAUCUGGAACAGGCGGACCUGGGCGCGUGCGACCCGCCACCUUUGGAAAGACAAGGCAGGACAGACCAUGCCCCUGAAACAAGAGAGACAGGAGGGCGCUGGAUCAGAUAGGAUGCUCAACGAGGAGGAGGAGGUCGUAUCAACACUGAAACCUGAGCUGCGUAUGGAAGAACAAAUUCCAUCUCCGUUGUCACCGCCUUCGAGGAGUCCUGCAAGCAUACCAGCAACGGAUGAUAUUGGAAACGAAGCAAACAUCGUCGAGUCUCAAAGCAACGAGGCUACAGGCCUUGGGGACAGAACGGCAGACACGCACUGCGAGGGAUGGCUGGUAUGUCCUACACGCAUAUUACUGUUCAUAUCCGCGCAAGAGACGUCCGAGGACGAUAUCUGGUGA